AUGGCGGUCAUGGUGUCCUCAUUUCUGAGGGUGAUUCCUGGAGAAACAGAUGGGAGGAUUGAGGAAAAGCGGGAGCCUUCGAAGGAGGAGAGAAGGUGCGUGAGCCCCUCUCACCAGGCCUGCAGAUGCUGGGUGGUACCCAAAGAGGCGCUCAGAUCACUGGAGCUGGAGCUCAGUCGGCGGUCUUUUGCGGGAACUGUACCCAUCCCGGAGCAUCUCUGGCCCUCCUGUUUCACUGAACUCGCCUUCCUCUCAGAGGAACGUGGGAAGACCGCUUGCUAUCCAGGACGGUGUGGGGAGGCCCUGUCCCGCCUUGGCUGCGGGUUCCAGGCCAGCGCCCAGUGUCCUCAGAGGGCCUCAGUUUCCCCAGCCUCGCGGCCGGGAGGCCGGGACGAGGAGGGGCGACGAGGAGCUGCGAGCAAGGAUGUGCCUUGGGACCCCCCGCACCUUCCCGUGGAUUUCCUUGCUGAAAGGAUGUUGGCGGACCCUGUGACCUGUGGAGACACGGCCAGAUCUGCCCUCCAAUUCCUGGGAACACCACAACGGAGGGCCUGGCCUUUGGCGGUGGACAGUCUGUGGCUGGGAGGGAAUGUCAGGAGUGGGGCCUGCCUCUUUGCACUUGCCUGGUGCCAGCACUCAAGGCAGGACUUCGCAGCUGACCACGCUCCCUGGAGCCUUCUCCCGAGGUGGCGCAGGUGUCCUUGGCACUUACAGCCAUGGUGAUGGUACUUUAAGUGGAGGCUGAAUCAUUUCUCCUUUGAGCUACAUGGCACAUGGCUCCCUUGGUGUUCCCAUUUUACAGCCAGGACACUGAGAUUUGGAGAGGCAACUACACAGCCAGUGAUGGGAAAGCACCUAAUUUCCAUCUUCAUACAUUGAAACUGAUGUCACUCACCUCUCCCCCUUGACCUGGAAGAGCCCCCCAAGGUUGCCAUAGGGAACAUGAUUAACCAUUCUACAGCUGCUGAAACUGAGGCCCAGGGAGUGUCCAGAGCUUUCUGAGGUCCACCAUGUACUGUUGACCAGAAUGAGUGAUAGCCACCUGGUGUCAGUGUUGAAGGUUCUCAUUCAGUAGAGCUGGGUUCAAAUUCUGACUUGCCUGACCAGCUGGUGCCUCA